UCUGCUGACCGGGCAGGCCGCUCCGCCACCGCCGCCCCCGGGUGGACUGACCUGCGCUUGCUCGGGCUGCACAGGGUGUGCCUCCAAAGUAUGAUGGCAAAUCAUCUUGUAAAAUCUGAUUCUAGAAAUUGUAAGAGACCAAGAGAAGUGGAGACUCAAGUACCAGAUAGUCCACAGCUAUCCUCUCAUGGAAAAUUGGACUCAUCUUUUUCUGAAUGUUCUCCAGAAUCCCUGGAGAAAGACUUGAGUGAUAUAGGCAAGGAAAUUAAUCUGCUGUUAUCUACAUAUGCAAGGACUUUAAGUGAGAGAGCAGCAGUAGAUGCAUCUUACAUUGAUGAGAUAGAUGGACUCUUCAAAGAAGCCAAUACUAUUGAAAACUUUCUAGUACAAAAAAGAGAGCUCCUGAAACAGAGGUUUACAAUGAUUGCAAAUACACUGCACAGAUAAAAUAUGUACUU